AACGCAAAAUAAGUGUGGAAGGGAUACGAAUUUCUAUGAACUCGCCGCUAUGUCAUUUCUUGCUUUAUGCCUUCGGACCACUACGUUUACGCAGUUUUUCUCACUACUUUUAUCUAGGAUUUCACCACCAUGUCGUGCCUUUGGUUCUACUCUGACAAGCCGCAAUAUAUGCCUGAUUCGUACUCAUUCUGGGUUGAAGACCCUUCCCAUGGGCAGAGACAAAGAACGAAGAAUCAGACCCAUAAAUAUAGGGGUGGACAUGGGAAGGGCAUCGCAACAUGAAGACGUUGUGUGGUAGUCUCCCCUAGGCAGACUCUCAAAUCAAGACAGU